GACUUGGAGGAUGUCAUCGACAAUCUGCAGUUGCCGCUAGCGCUUGAAGGGGUGAUGAGGCAGUUGCUGGCAGAGCCAGCUGUGUUCGACAGGGUAGGUACCCCGCACUUGAGAGAUGCAGUUGCCGAUGUCAACUCGAGCACUUGGUUCCAGGUAAAAGAUGCUACGUCCGUUGCACAAGCGACGUUGGGAGCAAGGCCGGGCAUGCCCCCUGCAGAUUUCUUUUUUGCCCUCGCUUUUGCCCCCGUGCAUGAGGAGUUGAGGAUGAGGUUUUUCGCCGAAGGUAUCGACUUAAACGUUGAAGACAUGUGCCCGCGGGUAGGACGCACCUUCACCAGCCGCGACAAGCAGAUGGACAGCCGCAUAGGGUCACCUUCGUAUGUGGACGAUCUUGCAGUGCUGCAGGCAUGUGCCAAGGCACGAGACUGCUGUAAGUUGGCCGAAGUUGUCGUAACAGCUGUGCAUCAAGUGAUGACGGCGAGGGGGUUUGUCGUCAACUACGGGGAGGGCAAAUCGACCCUGAUGUUCCACCCUAUCGGCGAGGGCAAGAAGGUUGUUAAAGCGAAGAUAGCCGCGUUUAAGGGGGAGAUGUGGGUCCCUGCUAUCCAGCGUUCCGUUUUUGUUGCUAACGUGUGCAGGCACUUGGGAUCUAUGGUGCAAGCUUCGGGCGCCAUGAAUGCGGAGCUUGCGCAUAGGCACCACACCCAGUUGGGGGUACUUGGGGGGCUUAAGAAUGCGGUUUUCACCCGUAGCAGCGAUUUACCUGUUGACACCCGUGUCAAGUAUGCUGCUGCUUUCUGCGACGCCGACCCCGAGGAGGCCAAGCUGGUGCAGCUCAUCAGCUUGCUCCGCCUGGAGCAGGACGAGGGCGGAGUGCGCAAGUACCAGGAGCAGCUCGACAGCCUGCGCAGUGCCCGUCGGGCGCGGCCCUUGUCCGUGGACGAGGCCAUGGCCGCCAGGGACGCAGCAGCUGAGGCCUUGGACACGGCUGUCGAGCAUGCUGACUCGCUCCAGGCCCAGUUGGACAGCGCCAAGUCGGUGGUGGUGGCCCGCUCCGCCAAGUACGAUGAGGCUCUGGCAGCGUACACUACGGCUGUGCAGGCCUUGGCGCAGCAGGUUGCUGGCGCGACACCGCAGACGGAUGGCCCGCCGCUCUCAGGCAAGCUGUCCAUCGCCAAGUUGCUCCAGGGUGACAACGUGGAGCUGGGCGACGAAGGGCGCUGGCCGCGGUGCUGGCAGCAGCGGCGGGGCCGCCACUGCUCCACGGCCGACCCUUUGACGUCCUUGACGGGGUCGGCCCCCACCAUCGGCAUCUACACGGUCACGAAGAUCUCGCCGCUCUCGGGCUUGUGGGCGAUCCACCUCUUCGGAGGGGCGCCUGGUCCACUCCACGACGACUACUUCUACCUAGGCGGCGAGAGUGACGGCACCUCCUUCACCAACACUGGGGCUACCUAUCUUGACGGUCCGACGUAUGAUGACAUGCAGGCCGUGGCUGGCCCUGAUUACUGCGUCUGGAAAGAUAUGGACCCUGCUAGGCAACAAGCACUCGUGCUCCAGCGGGAGCUCGCACGUGCCCUUCGCAGAUUCACGGGGCACUGGUUGGAGGACCCGCGCGUCCUGGACGACGAUAUGGACGGGAUGCACUGGAGGCGGCACUGCGUGCCCUACGUUGCCAACUACCUGUCGCGCCCGUUUCUGAGGCCGCUGGUCAUGGAGAAGGCCCAACAGGAUGGGCAUGACAACCCUCACAUUGCUGCAGUUGAUAUGGCUAUCGACAUCUGCAGGCGCGCAUUCCGUGCUCGGCGGCGAGCGCGCUUCCACUACCACGACUGGCUACGGAGCCUCGAGGCCCUCGACCCCGAUGAGUACGACAACCAGCUUGCCCUCCACGCCGAGGCGAUGAUCAGGGAGCAGGAGUUCUUUGAUACUCGAGUGGAUCCUCGCCGCCCCGUUGGAGAGGAGGCCAGGUCUGCCUCGUCCUACACGGGCUGCUCUGACACGGCGACCGUCAGCGACUACGAGGGCAGCGAUCCUGACGACUCAGGCUUGGACGACGUCGCCGACGGGGACUUCGAGCUGGAGCAGCCCGACCCCAAGCCGGGCACGUCUUACUGCAGAGUGGGAAUGGAGCUGACAUCAGAUGCAGCUGCGACGGCCGCCGAGCCGUCAGCGUCGGUCCUGGAGGACCAGGUCGGCCGCAGGGUCUCGCAGAGACAUCGUGGCAAGGCCUGCAAGAUCAUGACGGUCAAUGUCACGGGCUGGGGCUCCCUCCUCACGCAACUGGAGGAGAAGCGCAUCCCCGAUGACGUGCAGGCGGUGCUCAUCCAGGAGCACCACCUGGAGGAGGCCAGGAUCGAGUCGGCGCUGAAGGCCGCCAGGGCCCAUGGGUGGAAGGCUGACCUCUACCCUGCUCGGCGCGCGGGCAACGGCGACGGCACCGCUGGCGGUAUCGGCCUCCUGGUCAGGCCGCACGUCGCCUUCAGACGCCUGCAGUUCGACCAUGACGGCAUCCAUGCGGCUGGUACGGCUCGUCAGGGUUUCUGGACCACCGACCUGGGGCCUAAGGAGGGGCUGGUGCUGGCGGGCCUCUACCUGCACACCAGCAAGGACCUGGAGGACGUGAACCUCGACAUCCUCUUCCAGAUCGGCAGCGUAUUGCACGCCGCAGGCAGGCCAUGCGUCCUGGGCGGCGACUGGCAGAACCUGCCCGAGUCCCUCAACUGCCUCCGUUGGCCCAAGGCGGUGAAGGGCGAGGUGGUCGCGCCCGACCAGGCCACGUGCUACACGGCCACGAGCGCCAGGGUCAUCGACUACUUCCUCGUGCGGCACGACCUGCAUGGGUGCCGUGCUCGCACCUUCGACGGCCUCUCGGUCACGCCGCACAAGGGCGUCAUACUCGAGCUGGACGUGUCGCAGAUCCCGCUCAUGGUGCGCAAGGCCCACAUGGCCAAGGCCUUCCCUUCGAGCCAACUGGUAGGCCCCCAGCUUCCAGGACCUGACUGGCAGGCGGCAAGCGAGGCGGCUGCUGCAGCCCACGACCGCGACAGCCUGGACGGGGCCUUCAGCGCGUGGUUGCGGCGCUACGAGGACGAGCUGCUCCAGCACUUCGGCUGCGAGCAGCCUGAGCGGUACCGUGGCAGGUCCGACGGCGUUCGUCUGGUACACUCGACCCUGCAGAUGCACUGCCGCAACCAAGCGAAAG